AUGUUUUAUAAAUAUCUCAAAAAGUAUUAUGAUUCAUAUUUUAGUAAAAUUUGCUAUGUUAAAAAUAGAUAUUACUAUGAAUCUAAAAGUUAUUUUCACAUUCAGUACGAUCCAAAUGACAUUUUGAACGAAUGAAAAGAAAAAAUGUAUUUGUAUAAUUAUUUUAAAAAUCAUAGUACUGUUGAUUCUUGUGUUAAUAGUUAUGAUGAUUCUAUAUAUAUCUAAUAUGAUAAACACCUUAGUUCAAUUAAAACACUAUAUAAAAUUUACAGAGUGGAUUGUUAUAAUGCAUUUGGAAAGGAUACUUGUUAAGAUUAUUUUACAAUAAUUUCAAUUAUUUAUUAUAUAUGUUUUAAUUUAACUGAUCAAAAGAAGAUUUCAUAUUCUCAAAAUAUGCUGUUAAAUAUAAAUCAAAUGGUAGGUAAAAGGAAAAUUCGUACUCUCACGCAGAAAAAACCAUCACUUUUAGAUUAAUUAGAUGUUAUCAGGUGAGUAAUCCUCAUGGUAAGUCAGUAUAGUUAUAUAAAAGUAUUCCCACUACAUUAGAAGCUUCUAAAAAAAUAUGUAGAUGAGAAAAUAUUUAAAGAUGUUUCUGAAUUUUCACAUAAAGUGUUAGUGCUUAGUGGUGAAAAGGAAGAAGUAAAUAUUGGAAAUGAUAUCUCAGAUAGAGAAAAUAAUGUGUAGAAACCUGAAAGGAAGUGAGUAUCUAAGAGAUCCUCAUCAAAUAAUGGAUAGAAAGCUUAUUCCUAUUUGUCAGAAAAUGUUCUAUAAGAAGAUUUACCGAAUUCCUCGUCUACAAUACGAGGGCCAAGAUUAACAGAACCAGACGCUAGUGAAACGGGAUCUACUAAAUAAAAAUUGAAUUAGAGAGAAAACAUAUCAAAAGUUAUAUGAUUUUUGCAUACUGAUAAUAAUAAUUCUAAUACUUCAGUAUGUGUGUAUAAUAAGCCUGGAUCAAUUCCCAUCUGUCUAGGUAUAUGAGUUACUAAUAUAUUCGCCGUAUCUUUUUACAAAACCUUUUCAACAUGGCUGAAUGAGGGGACAAAAAGAAGAUAAAUGAAGGAUUUUUUAUAUAACAAUAUAGAGAAAUCAUAA